AACCGAGUGUGCAAUUAAAAAUGAAUUCCUUUGAAUUGAAAUACUUUGUAAUAACAAAACUUGUCUUCGGCAAUUAUGCUUGUUCACAUCCAUUAAGACAUAAACAAUUUCAAAGCAUUUGUUACACAUGCCCAAUGUAUUUGUAUUUGCCAAAAAUCAAAAAGGGAUGGUUCACUUUAAAUUAAUUGGGUAAGUACUUUCAAUAACAUAUCUAUACUUGGAUAACAUGAAUUUAUUUUUUCUAUAGCCGAAGGUUAACCGCCGUGCCAACCCUGACAUGUAUGGACAUACAAAAAAGUGUGUGCUCUAUAAACACGUUCAAUGAGAAUUCUGCUGCAAUUACGUAGGGGAUGAGAAACCCUGGUUACAAGCCCAGCUAUAUUGAGACCCACUUCUCCAACUAUGUACUAAUGCCCUUAAUUUAGAUAUAACUUCCUUAUUUGUACUAGACUAUAUAAGUUGAAGUUUAAACCUGAAAGCGGAGGUAGGUAUAUGAUAAACAAUGUGUACUACAUACUAAAGGAAAAACCACUCUGCAGUACACUUAUCAAAAUGCCAAAAUACAGACUUGUCUACUUUAAUGCGAGGGGGAAGGCCGAAACAGCUAGAAUACUAUUUGCACUUGCGGGUGAAGAGUACGAAGACGUCAGGCUCUUUCCAGAUCUACCAUGGCCAAGUCAGGAAGGGAAGGACAAAUGGAUUGAAACUAAAUCAGAAUUAGGACUGCCAUUCGGCCAAGUACCUGUCCUGGAUGUGGAUGGGAAAAGAUUAUGCCAAAGUAACGUCAUUGCCAAAUAUUUAGCAAAGCAAUUUGGGUUUGCCGGCAAAGGCGUUUGGGAAGAAGCCAGGGCGGAAAUGAUAUCUGCCUGCGUGUACGACGCAUUCCAAAAAGGAAGACCGUGUUCUUUGGAACAAGAUCCGAUUAAAAAGGCUGAGCUACUGGAAAAGUUUUUGAAAGAUUCCAAAGAAAUUAUGGACAAUUUCAGACAGAUCCUGGAAGAGAAUGGCGGGGGAUCAGGAUUCUUCGUUGGGGACGGGAUCACAUGGGCAGACAUUAACUUUGCUGUGAGGAUUGAUCAAAUUUUCGACAGAAUUGGAGAAAAUGCAGACAAAUUCUUGAAGGAUUGGCCAAAACUGCUUGCACUUAAACAGCGCGUGGAAAAAUAUCCGAAAAUUGCCGAGUGGAUUGAGAAAAGACCAAAGACAACGCGGUGAAAUGAUAGCUAGCUUACAAUCUAAAUCAUAAAAACAAACAAAAUGGAUCGAACCUUGAUCAGUUGGCUUCAUUUCUGAUUAAGACGAAGCAAAUGUUUAACAGUUUGUCGUGAACUUUAUUGCAAUACAAAUCUAAUGACAACGGAACUAGUUUGGUAUUAUAUCUUUUACUGAGAUAACCAGGGUGCUAGCUGCAGUGCUCUCUUUCUUAACACUUUGUUUUCCCGUCAUUUUCUAGCCCGAUAAGCCAUAACGGAAUUUGUUGUAAUAAGGUCUCUGGGAAAAAACAAUUGAAAUUGGAACAGUAGCCCCUUGGGGGCAUUUACAUAAUAAAAACAAGAAAAAGAACGCCCAGUAUUCGUUUUAUAUUGAAUUGGGCCCAAUAUACUUCUAUUAAACUUGACCUAAGGACCAUUCAUUUGCAGGGUGAUUAAUACCAUGCGACAAUUGAUAACAAUGUAAAUGGUCCCAUGGUGGUCAUCAUAAGUUAUCAGAACAGAGGUCAAAGUGUUUGAAUGGAGUCUGCGAAAAUAAAUAAUGUAGAUCAAGAUGUACGUUUCAUUGAAUUUGUUUUCAGUUCUUCUUCAGAUUGUCCAUUCAUAUAAUAAAGCUGUUCCCCAUUAAAUCAAGUAUAAGGUUGUCUCAUUGCAGGUAGAUUCCAAGAGUGUAGCCAUUCAUGAGUUCAAAUAAGGCGAGAGAAAAGCCAAAAGAAACUGUAUCGACUUAUAUUCAGAGGUGUAGCAAGGAUCUAAUAUCACAUAUCAGGCGAGGAAAAGAUGAAUAUUAAUACUCUUAGACUUCAUUUUCACAGUUUUAGUUGAAUAAUAUCUCAAAAACAUAUAUCCGUAAAAUAGAGUGAAGCAGUUGCCUUUCCUGUCUCUUGUGUAUAACUCAAUAAGAGUCAAUUAGAAAUAGGGGCUUGUUGCCUCGU